AUGUUCGGCUCCCCUGACAACUCUAGACUGUCUCAUAUAUCCGAUCCUCGCUCAACUGAUACCGACUAUUUUACUCCAUAUCUUAGACUCCCAGGAGAACAAUCACUCCAGCCGGCCCAGAGCUCUGAGCGAAAUAUGGAAACCCAGGAAGCUCGACCUAUUUCUUCACCACAAGCAGUAAACCAAAGCCUCCGAGAGCUAGUCGACUCGAGAAUUGCCAGUCCAGCGAGUAUGUUUGGUGGCACUGCAGACUUACAGCUAUUCAGUAUUAGAGAGUUUCGCUCACCGAUCGCAGGCUACUUUUCUCGAGAUUUCAACCUUCAGGGACCGCAGUUCCUGGAGAAGGUUCAUGAUCAGUGCGAAAAGAUGGACGACGUCAAAGCUCGAUACGAAGAUCUUUGGCUUUCAACCCAGCUAUUUUGGGAUCUUAUGCUUCGAAUGCAGCCGAACUGUGUCACUUCUGAUAUUAAAGUUCUGAGAAUUGCAGUUGACCUGAUGCUUGAUGCCGUUGUUGGUCGCAUGCUUCCCCAGCUUCGACCAGAGUAUCACCCAGUCCUCGCAGAAAGCCACCUACAAGCACUCAGUCGUCGUCUCCGUGCUCUGGAACUUCGUCUCCGAACCGACAUGGGGACAUGUGGCAAGUCACCCAAGAUGCUUUGCGGGUGUUUAAUUCCUGUAAAGCGUCCCAACAACAAGGACAGGCUCUGGACAUGUCACUUGACUAUCAGAAAGGACGAAAAGGGGCGCCCUGAGGAUCGAGGACUCAAAUUUCGAGAUUUGGCUGGUCUUCUCCGCCUUGAAGACUUUCUCUCGCAUGUCUACAAUGAAUUCGAGCCUCAACUGAGCCCAGCAAGUCCAGCAGCAGACUGCGGAAUUAUCCACACUGCUAUUGCGCUCAUGGAUGAUGAUAUCAAGAGGUUCAUACCUAAGAAGGACUACCAUACUGCUGAUGAGCUUAAAGCAGAGUGGAUUUAUGUCCUAUGUCACGAGACCUUUCGCUCCUCUACCGUCCUUGAAGUCAUGGGUAUCGUCAGUGAUGCUGUGGAUUUUAGCGAGAGAGAUGGGACUCAAAUACAUCGAGAGGAAUGUGACCUCUGGGCUCCCGAAACGGUUCCUGAACCACUCACCACAACUGCACGCUUUAGAAAACUGACAACGUUCCGGCCUGAUCCGAACCGGGGAGUGAGUCCUCUGCAUCCUUCUUAUUGGAAACGGGACUCUAAGAGCUCGGAGAACUCUUCUAUGAGUCGAGGGCAUAAAGGUUGA